AUGGAGGAGGCCGUGUCGUGUCGCCGAGUCGCCGACCUCUAUUUACUCACUUCCGCUAUGCUGGGCCCAGCUCUUCGGGCGAUGCGAGGACUGCCUAUAUCUCUUCUGCUUAUCCUCUUUGCACUCGCAUGCGCUGCUCUGCCGGUACAGACAGCCCAGCUAAAGCCUCCACUCACACCAGACAAUUUCCACUCAACGAUUGCCAAGGGUGUCUGGUUCAUUGAGCACUUCUCACCGUACUGUGGGCACUGUCGUGCCUUCGCUCCCACUUGGGAAAGACUUGUGGAGUACAGCGAGAGCUCGAAGGGGGUAUCAUUGGCCCAAGUUGAUUGUUCCGUUCAUGGCGAUCUAUGCAACGACAACGGAGUCAAAGGAUAUCCCCAAAUGAAUCUUUACAAAGAUGGGGAAUUCGUCGAGCGCUUCAAGGGCAACCGUGAUUACGAUAUCCUUACCGCGUUCAUCGACAAGGCCAAACCUUCCGCUCCUGAACCAAUAGCAGCAGCAGAAUCAGUCGCAGCAGCAGCGGCAGUGUCGUCCCCUUCUCCAGAGCCUCUUCUCAAUCCUAAUGGGGAGGUUCGUGUACUCAACCCUGACAACUUCCACGCAGUACUCGAGGAAGGCCCUACCUUUGUCAAAUUCUACGCGCCGUGGUGCGGACACUGCAAGAAACUUGCACCCAUUUGGAAGCAACUCGCCAAGAUCUCUAAAGGCAAAAUGAAUAUCGCUGAGGUUGAUUGCGAGGCACACGACAAGUUUUGCAAGACGCAAGAUAUUCCUGGCUUUCCAACGUUGAUGUUUUACCCACCGACUGGCGUCAAGUCCGAGUAUACAAUGGGACGGAAGCUGGAGCAGCUGAAAGCCUUUGUUGACAAGGCCAGCUCGUCGGCCACGCAAGCUAUACAGCCAGAAGAACUUGAAGCGAAAGUUCUGGAGAACCCGGCCACUUAUCUCCUUCUCUACUCUGAGAACGACACGCGGGUUAUUAAAACAGUCACUAAAUACGCAGCUCCUCUGCUCGGCUCUCCCAUCAUCUUCACAAGUUCAUCCCCCACCUUGUGGAAGCGUUUCUCUGUCCCAGAAUCAGCCCCGUGGGCUAUUGUCGCCCUUAAAGAUCGGGACCCACACAGUGUUGCUGCAAUGUACCUGGGAAAUGCAAGUCCCAAAAACGAUCUAUCGGAUUGGCUCUUGGCAAAUCGGCUACCGACUUCGAUGGAACUCGUGCAAGACACAUUCCAGAGCAUUAUGAAUGCACCGCACAAGCCCCUAGUGGUCAUCGCUGCCGUCACAAGUAAGACAGAGAGCAAAGUCAUUGAGCGACUCCGGGAUAUCGGGUUGAAGUGGAGAGUUAGAACUGGUGGAACCGGAAUGUAUGGCGGCCGUUCUGUUGUUUUCACGUGGAUGGAUAUCGAAAAAUGGGAGAAAUGGAUGAAAAGUAUGUAUGGAUUGCAGAAGAGCGCCAGUGACGAAGCAGAGGAUGCGGGUAUAGUCAUCACCGAUCAUCAGAUCUUGAAGUACUACAAUAGGGACCAGUCUGGAGCACUGAUCAAACUGGCUUCCCCCAGCAUUUUCUCUGCUCUGGAAGGCGCUGUGAGCGGUUCAAUUUCACCCAAUAAUUCCGAAAACUUCAUGGAACGUGUCGCAAGGUUCCUGAACGGGAAAAUGACUGGAAUCGAGGGAUAUGUAAUUCACCAUCCAAUCUAUUCGCUCGGAUUUGCCGUGGUGUCGGUUUUUCUUGUCUACCUGGCUUUGCGCCGCUUCCUGGCGGACGAUUAUGUUGACAGGGACCAUGCGUACGGUAAAUCAGGUAGACUAGAUUGAUUCGCGUAGGGUGUAUGUUAGGUACCGAUUAUUUUAUUCAUUCUCUGACUCGG